CCAUAACACUGAAGAGGGGCAACAAAUUCUUCAGCAGCCGGUGCCAGAAAGACUAGACUUUGUUUGCCGGUUUCUACAAAAAAAUUGGAAACAUCCCUUGUCUACACAAUGCCUGGUGUCUGUGCCGAAAGUGAUGGAGGGAUCUGAGAUGGAAUUGGCUAAGAUGGUAAUGCUGUUUUUAUAUCACUCCACCAUGAGCUCCAGAAAUCCCCGGGACUGGGAACAGUUUGAAUAUAGGAUUCAGGCUGAGUUAGCUGUCAUCCUGAAAUUUAUGCUGGAUCAUGAGGACUCAUUAAACCUUAUUGAGGACCUAGAAAAUUUCUUGGAGAAAGUUCCUUACACCUAUUCCAGUGCUGUCCCUGAAGAGUUUUCUCCACCCAGCUACCAGGCCAAGAGGAAGAUUCGCUUCCUAGAAAUGCAGAGAAUUGCUUCAUCUUCCAGUGAGAACAACUUCCUCUCAGGUUCUCCAUCCUCCCCUAUGGGCGACAUCCUGCAGACCCCACAAUUCCAGAUGAGACGACUGAAGAAACAGCUGGCAGAUGAGAGGAACAACAGGGAUGAGCUGGAGCUGGAGCUAUCUGAGAGCCUCAAGCUCCUCACUGAGAAGGAUGCACAGAUAGCCAUGAUGCAGCAGCGCAUUGACCACCUGGCUCUGCUGAACGAAAAACAGGCAGCCAGCUCACAAGAAUCCCGGGAGCUUGAGGAGCUCCGUGGCAAGAAUGAAAGCCUCACCGUGAGACUGCAUGAGACUUUGAAGCAGUGUCAGAACCUGAAGACAGAGAAGAACCAGAUGGAUCGAAAGAUUAGCCAGCUUUCUGAGGAGAAUGGGGACCUUUCGUUUAAGGUGCGAGAGUUUGCCAGCCACUUGCAACAACUUCAGGGUGCAUUCAAUGACCUGACAGAGGAACACAACAAGGCUUCUCAGGAGUGGGCAGAGAAGCAGACUCAUCUGGAGAAGGAGCUCAGCACAGCCCUCCAGGAUAAGAAAUAUCUUGAAGAGAAGAAUGAAAUCCUUCAGGGAAAGCUUUCCCAGCUGGAAGAACGAGCAUCUCAACAGUGUGAGAGCCCAGCCCAGGAGAAGGGAGAGGUGCUGGGUGACGCCUUGCAGCUGGAAACCCUGAAGCAAGAGGCAGCCAAACUUGCUGCCCACAAUACUCAGCUCCAAGCCCGUAUAGAGACGCUGGAUUGUGAACGGAGCCAACAGGAAGCCCAGCUGCUUGCUGAGCGGGGCCACUUUGAAGAAGAGAAGCAGCAGCUGGCCAGCUUGAUUGCUGACCUGCAGAGCUCCAUCUCCAACCUCAGCCAAGCCAAGGAGGAGUUAGAGCAGGCCUCCCAGGCUCAGGGUGCUCAGCUGACUGCCCAGGUGGCCUCUCUGACUGCACUCAAUACCACCCUGCAGCAGCAACAGGAUCAAGAACUUGCCAGCCUGAAAGAACAGGCCAAAAAGGAGCAGGCUCAGAUGGUACAGUCUUUGCAAGAACAAGAACAGGCUGCCCAGGGCCUCCGCCAGCAGGUGGAGCAGCUGAGCAGCAGCCUGAAGCUGAAGGAGCAACAAUUGGAAGAGGCAGCCAAGGAUCAGGAGGCAGCCAGGCAGGAUCAUGCCCAGCAACUGGCCAUUGUUGCUGAGGCUCGAGAGGCCUCUCUAAGGGAACGGGAUGCUGCUCGCCAGCAGCUGGAAACAUUGGAGAAGGAGAAGGCUGCCAAGCUAGAGAGUCUGCAGCAGCAACUUGAGGCUGCUAAUGAAGCUAGGGACAGUGUACAGACCUCAGUCACACAGGUCCAGCAGGAAAAGGCAGAGUUGAGCCAAAAGAUAGAAGAACUCCAUGCCUGCAUUGAAGCGGCCCACCAGGAACAGCGUCAGGCCCAAGCUCAUGUGACAGAGCUAGAGGCCCAGCUGAAGGCUGAGCAGCAAAAAGUGGCUGAGAGAGAAAAAGUGAUGCAGGAGAAGGCCCAGCUCCAGGAGCAGCUCCUGGCCCUUGAGGAGACUCUGCAGAUUACCAAAGGCAGCCUUGAAGAGGAGAAGCACAGGACUGCAGAUGCCCUAGCAGAGCAACAGCGCUGUGUCACUAAGAUGGAGGCAGAGUCCCGAAGCCUGAUGGAGCAGCGUGAGCAGGAACAGAAGGCAUUAGAACAAGAGAAGGCUGGGAGAAAGGGGCUGGAGGCCAGGUUACAGCAGCUUGAGGAGGCUCGUCAGGCUGAGACUGAAGCAUUGCGGCGUGAGCUGGCAGAGGCUACAGCCUCUCAGCACAGAGCUGAGAGUGAGAGUGAGCAGCUCAUUAGGGAGGUUGAGAGCUGGCAGAAGCGGUUUGAAGCUAGACAGCAAGAGGAGGCAAGAUACAGUGCCAUGAUCCAGGAGCAACUGGCAGCUUUGAAGGGGGAUCAUGAAAAAGCUGGCCAAGAGGCACAGGAGGAGGCAGUAGAGGUCCACGGUGAGGGCCAGAUAGGUGAGCAGCAGAGUCCACUAGCCCAGCUUCAUACCACCCUAGCUAGAGCCCUUCAGCAGGUUAAGGAAAAAGAAGUCAGGGCCCAGAAGCUGGCAGAUGAUCUCACAACUCUGCAGGAAAAGAUGGCUUCCACUAGCAAGGUGGCGGCCUGCCUGAAGACCUUGGUGUUAAAGGCAGGUGAGCAGCAGGAAAUGACCUCACUUGAGCUGCUCAAAGAGCCCCCAGGGGCUGGAAACAAAGAGUCGAACUGGCUAGAAGAGCAGCGGGGAGGGCCAUUCUCUAGUCCACAAGCAGCACUAAAGGCUAUGGAGCAAGAGGCUGAGCAAAUGGGCAGUGAACUGGAGAGGCUCAGGGUAGCACUGAUGAAGAGCCAGGGGCAGCAGCAAGAGGAACGUGGGCAGCAGGAGAGGGAGGUAGCACGGCUGACCCGGGAGCGGAGCCAGGCCCAAGCUGACCUGGCUCAGGAGAAGGCAGCCAAGGCAGAGCUUGAGGUGCGGCUUCAGAACACCCUUAACGAGCAGCGUGUGGAGUUUGCUGCCCUGCAAGAAGCACUGGACCAUGCCCUGACGGAAAAGGAAGGCAAAGAUCAGGAACUUGCCAAACUUCGUGGGCAAGAGGCAGCUCAAAGAACAGAGCUGAAGGAGCUUCAGCAGACUUUGGAACACCUGAAAACACAGUUAGUCAAGAAAGAAAAAGAGCAGCACCCUGCAGGGAGUACUGGUGGAGAAGAGGCUUCUGCCCCAGAAGCCCAGUUGGAGACAGUCAGAAAGACAGAGGCACCAGACCCUGAGGUGGAGGCACUUCGGGCAGAGGUCAGCAAGCUGGAGCAGCAGUGCCAGCAGCAGAAGCAACAGGUUGAAGGCCUGACACACAGCCUGGAGUCUGAGCGUGCUUCCCGGGCUGAGCAGGACAAAGCCCUAGAGACCCUACAGGGCCAGUUAGAGGAGAAGACUCAGGAACUAGGGCACAGUCAAGCUGCCUCAGCUUCAGCUCAGAGAGAAUUGACAGCCCUCCAUGCCAAAGCCCAGGACCAUAGCAAAGCUGAGGAAGAGUGGAAGGCCCAGGUGGCCCGUGGCCAGCAGGAGGCUGAGCGAAAAAGCAGUCUUAUCAGCAGCUUGGAAGAGGAGGUAUCCAUCCUGAACCGCCAAGUUCUAGAGAAGGAGGGGGAGAGCAAGGAGUUGAAGCGCCUGGUUGUAGCUGAAUCAGAGAAGAGCCAGAAGCUGGAAGAGAGACUGCGCCUGCUUCAGGUAGAAACAGCCAGCAGUAGUGCCAGAGCAGCAGAACGCAGCUCAGCUCUACGAGAGGAGGUACAGAGCCUCCGGGAGGAGGUAGAGAAGCAGCGUGUAAUUUCGGAGAACUUGCGGCAAGAGCUGACCUCACAGGCAGAGCGAGCUGAGGAACUGGGCCAGGAAUUGAAGGCCUGGCAGGAGAAGUUCUUCCAAAAGGAGCAAGCGCUCUCUGCCCUACAGCUGGAGCAUACCAGCACACAGGCCCUGGUAAGCGAGCUGCUGCCUGCCAAGCACCUUUGUCAGCAGCUACAAGCUGAGCAAGCAGCUGCUGAGAAGCGCCACCGGGAGGAGAUAGAGCAGAGCAAGCAGGCAGCUGGUGGGCUUCGGGCAGAGCUAAUGCGGGCACAACGGGAGCUUGGGGAGCUAGGGCCUUUGCGACAGAAGGUGGCUGAGCAGGAGCGAGCAGCCCAGCAGCUGCGGGCAGAGAAGGCCAGCUAUGCUGAACAGCUGAGCAUGCUGAAGAAGGCACAUGGCCUGUUGGCAGAGGAGAACCGAGGUCUGGGAGAGCGGGCCAACCUUGGCCGGCAGUUUCUGGAAGUAGAGCUAGAUCAAGCCCGGGAGAAGUAUGUCCAGGAGUUGGCAGCUGUGCGUACUGAUGCUGAGACCCAUCUGGCUGAAAUGCGGCAAGAAGCACAAAGUACUACUCGGGAACUGGAGGUGAUGACUGCCAAGUACGAAGGUGCCAAGGUGAAGGUCCUAGAGGAAAGGCAAAGGUUCCAAGAAGAGAGGCAGAAACUCACUGCCCAGGUGGAGCAACUAGAGGUAUUUCAAAGAGAGCAAACUAAGCAGGUGGAGGAAUUGAGUAAGAAGUUGACAGAGUAUGAUCAAGCCAGCAAGGUGCAGCAACAGAAGCUCAAGGCUUUCCAGGCUCAGGGAGGUGAGAGCCAGCAGGAGGUCCAGCGCCUCCAGGCCCAGCUGAAUGAGCUGCAGACCCAGCUAAGCCAGAAGGAACAGGCAGCUGAACAUUACAAGCUACAGAUGGAGAAAGCCAAGACCCAUUAUGAUGCCAAGAAGCAGCAGAACCAAGAGCUGCAGGAUCAGCUUCGAGACCUGGAGCAGCUGCAGAAGGAGAACAAGGAGCUUCGGGCUGAAGCUGAGCGCCUGGGCCGUGAGCUGCAGCAGGCAGGGCUGAAGACCAAGGAGGCGGAGCAGGCCUGCCGCCACCUCAGUGCCCAGGUGCGGAGCCUGGAGGCGCAGGUUGCCCAUGCAGACCAGCAGCUUCGAGACUUGGGCAAAUUCCAGGUGGCAACUGAUGCCUUAAAGAGCCGUGAGCCUCAGAAACCCCAGCUGGACUUAAGUAUUGACAGCCUGGAUCUGAGCUUGGAAGAGGGUACCCCAUGCAGUGUCACUAGCCCUUGGAGAGCAGCCUGGACUCCCUGGGGGAUGCCUUCCCUGACUCUGGCCGUAAGACCCGCUCUGCUCGCCGGCGUACCACACAAAUCAUCAAUAUUACCAUGACCAAGAAACUAGAUGUGGAAGAGCCAGACAGUGCCAACUCGUCCUUCUAUAGCACACAGUCUGCUCCUGCUUCCCAGGCCAGUUUGAGAGCCACCUCCUCCACCCAGUCUCUGGCCCGCUUGGGCUCUCCUGAUGAUGGUAACUCAGCUCUACUUAGCCUGCCUGGCUACCGGCCUACCACUCGAAGCUCUGCCCGUCGCUCCCAGGCCAGGAUGUCCAGUGGUGCUCCCCAAGGAAGGAACAGCUUCUAUAUGGGUACUUGCCAGGAUGAGCCUGAGCAGCUGGAUGAUUGGAACCGCAUUGCAGAGUUGCAGCAGCGCAACAGAGUGUGUCCUCCACACCUGAAGACCUGCUAUCCUCUGGAGUCCAGGCCUUCCCUGAGUCUGGCAACCAUCACUGAUGAGGAGAUGAAAACCGGAGACCCCCAGGAAACUUUACGCCGAGCCAGCAUGCAGCCAACCCAAAUCGCUGAGGGUGCUGGCAUCACUACCCGGCAGCAGCGCAAACGGGUCUCCUCAGAGACCCACCAGGGUCCUGGCACUCCUGAGUCCAAGAAAGCUACCAGCUGCUUCCCACGCCCCAUGACUCCCAGAGACCGGCAUGAAGGACGGAAGCAGAGCAGCACUGCUGUAGCCCAGAAGAAAGCAGCUCCAGUUGUUCUUAAACAGGCGGACCGGCGACAGUCAAUGGCUUUCAGCAUCCUUAACACACCCAAGAAGCUGGGAAAUAGUCUUCUAAGGAGAGGAGGUUCAAAGAAGACCCCAGCAAAGGUCUCCCCCAAUACUCAGAGUGGUACCCGCCGUUCUCCACGAAUUGCCACCACCACAGCUGGUGCUGCCACUGCCACCCCUCGGGCCAAGGGCAAGGCAAAGCAUUAAAGAGUCAACACCAGUGUGUGCGCGUGGCCCUACCUGUGUCCUCAGAACUGACCUUGUCCUUUUCCUUCUACUGUCCCUCUCAGUGCCUUCUCUGAGCUCCCAGGCCAGUGGUGGCCAGCCCCCCCCCAGAGACAGUGAUGUUUGUCUGCACCCUUGUCUGGUGCCUGAAAGGUACCAGUGAAGAUCCAGGUAUCUUUUCAGAGCUGGCCCAGGAGGCUUGGAGCUUGGACAGUAUGGGGUCUUCUCCCUAUCUUGCCUCCUGAUCCCCCCCCCCCUUUUUUUUAACUAGAUUUGAGGCUGGAUUUUUGAGCCCAUAGUCUUCCUUUGUCUCUGGACCUAGGGACCAUUG